CUGCGCGUGAGUAGUAGCUGCCGCGUUGGAAAGAUGGCGGAGGAAGAACCAAGAAGAAAGAUCCCUUUGGUUCCAGAGAAUCUCCUUAAAAAGAGGAAGGCUUAUCAGGCCCUCAAAGCCACCCAGGCAAAACAGGCGCUUUUGCAAAGGAAGGAGCAGAGGAAAGGAAAACAAGUCAAGUUUAAGCGACUAGAAUGGUUUGUACAUGAUUCCUGGCGGCAACUUCGGGACAGAGUGCGACUCAGACGGCUAAAAGUGAAACCUCAUGCCUUGGAAGUGCCAGACAAACAUUCCUUGGCCUUUGUUGUACGCAUUGAAAGGAUUAAUGGGGUGAGUUCAGUGGUGCAAAGGACCAUUGCCAGACUUCGCCUGAAUAAGAUUUUCAGUGGUGUCUUUGUGAUAGUGACCCCUAAAACCAUAAAGACGCUUCGUAUCGUGGAACCUUAUGUGACCUGGGGAUUUCCAAAUCUGAAGUCUGUUCGGGAACUCAUCUUGAAACAUGGACAAGCAAAGGUCAAGAACAAAGUCAUCCCUCUGACAGACAACACAGUUAUUGAGGAGCACCUGGGGAAGUUUGAUGUCAUUUGCUUGGAAGACCUCAUUCACGAAAUUGCCUUCCCGGGGAAGAAUUUCCAGGCAAUCUCAAGGUUCCUGCACCCUUUCCAACUCUCAGUGGCCCGUCACACUACGAAGAACAGAGUGGGCUUCCUCAAGGAAGUGGGCUCGACAGGCUAUUGA